GCGUUCUUCCGGAAACCUUUUACUGUCCGUCGUAAAAUAUCACUAUCUUAAGAAUUGUAGACAAUCUGUAUGGUUAUAGUAGAAUUUAACCAGAACAUAAUACCAGGGAAAUCGGUCAACAUGUUUCGCAAUUCCUUCAAGCUUUUCGGAAACCAAAUUAGAAGCCUUUCUACUCAAACACGCCAAGCUCUUGAGCAGGCUGUCAAAGAGGACCCUGUGGUUUUGUUCAUGAAGGGUACUCCUAACCAACCUAUGUGUGGUUUCUCUCUACGUGCCAUCCAGGUGUUGUCUUUGGAAAACGUCGCUACCGAUAAAUUGGCCACAUAUAAUGUGCUCAGUAAUGAAGAACUGCGUGACGGAAUUAAAGAGUUCAGCGACUGGCCCACAAUUCCACAGCUUUACAUCAAUGGCGAGUUUGUUGGUGGUUGUGACAUUCUCAUGUCUAUGCACAAAUCUGGCGAACUCCACAAAGUUUUAGGAGAAAUUAACGCUUUAGCGUCUAGCAAACCUGAAGGCGAAGCCGCCGGCGCCAAUUAAAGCGUAAAAAGAAAAAAAAACCUAGAUGAGACCAAAAUAAUGAACUCCCCAAACAUUGUCCCAACAGUUUUACCUCUUUUCAUUGUUUUAGUCUGACCUUUGCUGGAGAUUUUCGGUUCCUUCUAUGGCUACUAAUUUUGACACUGAACACUGCAAGAUAUCGUUGGUGAAUCCAGCAAAAGACUAGAAAGUAUUCUUCAUGAAAUAAUUGUUAUAAUGAAAUCGGUUCUCUUGCAAGAGGUGGCUUUCUCUUCAAGAUUUAUAUAUAGCUUUCAUAAUUCCCUCUUGGUCUUUUGUACAGGUUGGUAUAUUAAAGUAGACCAGACCAGAUCGUUCCAAAUCAAGUAGCCGCCAGUCUUUCAAGCCCUUUGUUCUGCAUUGCAUACCAAGUUCUUACUAAAAAGACACAUUGUUUUUGUGUUUUGUUUAUGAAUUAGCCUUUUCUUUGCUUUGUUUUUGUUUAUACUACGCGUCGCGCUUUCUUUGCGCGCCUUCAUCUAUACGCGCUAUGAUUCGUCCUAGAUAACUUUAUCGACCAUGAUUGGACAAUUCAAGUAACCACAACACCAAAAGACCGCGAACAUUUAGCUCUACACGUUCCCUUUCAUCAUCCACAUUCACGUAUUCGCGUCGUCGCGUCGCGUC